ACCCUACUUCGCCACAAAAACCCGUUCCUGACAAAUACUUUCCUUCUCUUCCGCCUCGACUUUCCGUGUCUGAGUUUUGGUUUGUGCUUUUUGGCGCGCGAUGGUUUUCUGAUCCGCGCUGUGGAUUUUGUGUACGUGACGCAUUUUUCGGUUGGAUUUUCAGUGACGUCAUGGAUUCCGAAAACAACGAGAGGAUUCGCAAGAUGUUCAGCUGGAGCAGUAGCAUAACGGAAGGAAACAACACGAUGGACUCUCCGGACUUGGUGGUCGGAGGUGCGGUGACGGUGGACCAACGUAAUGGCAAGACACACCCGCCUUUGCAGACCCAGCAGAGCACUGUGUGGACCCGACGACAGAACGCUGUCAGCGUGAGACAUGCGUUCAAACACUACGGACCCAGCCACCACCCCAACCAUGUGUUGAGCAACCUCAACAUGACCGUGGCCAAGGGGACCAUCUAUGGACUGUUGGGAGCCAGUGGUUGUGGUAAGACAACACUACUCAGCUGCAUUGUUGGCCGACGACGACUCGACACCGGUGAAAUCUGGGUGUUGGGCGGCAAACCCGGCACCAAGGGCUCUGGCGUGCCGGGCAGAAGAGUAGGCUACAUGCCACAGGAAAUCGCCCUGUACGGAGAGUUCUCAAUAAAAGAAACCAUGAUGUACUUCGGCUGGAUCUUUGGCAUGGAGACACCUGAGAUCAAUGACAGACUACAGUUUCUGCUCAACUUCCUCGAUCUGCCUAGUCAAAACAGGCUCGUCAAAAACCUCAGUGGAGGCCAACAGCGUAGAGUGUCAUUUGCUGUUGCUCUCAUGCAUGACCCAGAGCUGCUCAUCCUGGACGAACCCACAGUCGGAGUAGACCCACUGCUGAGACAAAGUAUAUGGAAUCAUCUGGUGCAAAUAACCAAAGACGGAAACAAGACUGUCAUCAUCACAACACAUUACAUUGAGGAGGCGAGGCAAGCUCACACAAUUGGUCUGAUGCGAAGCGGUCGUCUUCUGGCUGAAGAGUCUCCACAAGUCCUGCUGUCCAUGUACGGCUGCCAGAGUUUAGAAGAAGUAUUCCUCAAACUGAGUCGUAAACAAGGAAAUGAAGCAGCUCAGGACGUCAACCUGACCAACAACAUUUCUCUUGAAAAAAACGAAAAGCCUCCGAAACCCAAAGAUGAAAAUUUAGAUACAGUAAAAACGGAGAAGAUGAACGAAAAGCAGAAAGAGGCAGAGGGUUUGAGUGAUAUAGCUACUGCGUUGCAGAAAGCUGUGCCCAAUAUAGAUCAGGAGGCAACUCUUCAGUGGAGUAAAAAAGACGAACCAGUUUAUGUGACGGAGGAGAGUGGAGGAGUUAUAGGACUCAACUUUAGCCAAUCCAAGGAGGUUCUGAUCACCGACAACGCCAAUGGACAAUAUGAUCUCGGCCAAGGCAGUAGUGAGGCUUUGCAAUGUGAGGACUGCUCCGACUUUUGCUGCAACCUCACGACCAAAGGAAAGACCAAGGCGCUACUGCAGAAGAACUUCUUGAGAAUGUGGAGAAAUGUUGGAGUGAUGUUGUUCAUCUUCGCACUACCUGUUAUGCAAGUAAUUCUCUUCUGCCUCGCUAUUGGUCGAGACCCAACGGGACUGCACAUCGCCAUCGUCAACCACGAGAUGGAUUGGGAGACUAAAGACUGUCCAAUCCUACCGGGCUGCAACCUAACCUACUUGAGCUGUCGAUACGUCAAACACUUACGGAACGAUACUAUGAUAAAGGAUUACUAUUUCACGCCGGACUUAGCUGUUGAAGCGGUAGAAGUCGGAGAUGCUUGGGGAGCCAUAUACUUCACGGAGAACUUCACUGACGCCCUCGUCGCCAGGAUGGCUCUUGGCAAAGAGGCUGACAACGAAACGCUGGACCAGAGUGAAUUGAGAGUUUGGCUAGAUAUGUCAAAUCAACAGAUUGGCUUGAUGUUGAGUAGAGAUCUACAAGUAGCCUACCGAGACUUUGCGCAAGAGUUACUUUCUGACUGCGGCAACAAUCCCAAACUGGCUGACAUUCCGAUACAGUUCAGAGAACCAAUUUACGGCAGCAAUGAUCCAAGCUUCACAGAUUUCGUCGCACCAGGAGUUAUUUUAACAAUUGUUUUCUUCUUAGCUGUUGCUUUGACGUCGUCAGCUCUGAUCAUUGAAAGGAUGGAAGGUCUACUGGACAGAAGUUGGGUUGCAGGUGUGACUCCGGUUGAGAUUCUGUUUUCCCACGUCAUCACUCAGUUCGUUGUCAUGUGUGGACAGACGGCUUUGGUCCUGAUCUUCAUGAUAGUAGUGUUUGAAGUCGAGUGCAAAGGAGAUAUUUUCUUGGUCAUCAUUCUCACCAUUCUUCAAGGACUCUGCGGAAUGUGCUUUGGUUUUGUGAUCUCCGCAAUUUGUGAGCUGGAGAGGAACGCUAUCCAGCUAGCCCUCGGCAGCUUCUACCCCACUCUGCUUCUCAGCGGUGUGAUCUGGCCAGUGGAGGGUAUGCCGCUGGUACUCCAGUACAUCUCUGCGUGUCUGCCGUUGACUCUCGCCACCACCUCGCUGCGGUCCAUUCUCACCCGAGGAUGGUACAUCACCGAACCUGACGUUUGGCUCGGCUUCGUCUCCACCAUCACUUGGAUAGUCUUGUUCCUAUCCAUUUCUCUGAUCGUCCUCAAGAUGAAACGAGGUUAAGUGACAAACGCGACAACAACGGUGCCAAAAACGUGUUCUCGGACCGUGCUAAGCACAGCGUCCGUCAACGGUCGGUCGUUCCGCGACGUGAUGGAUUUUUGUUAUUGAAGUGUUGUUUUUAAUCUUUCAUCUUAUUUACCACUUAAUUAAGGCAUAUUUUUUAUUCAUCAUGGAUAUGCAAUUCGUCUGGAAAUCAACUUGGAAAGAUCUGAAAUAAUGUGGUAAUUUUUAAAUUAUUAUUGUUUACUGUUGAUAACUUUUUAUUCUGUGAAAGUCGAAGUAAAAAAUUAUUAUUUUUUUGCUACAGAUGAAUUAAGUGGCAAACUUUAAGGCUCUUACUUAGAUAAAUGCAAGUGAAUAACUAAGUUUGGCUUGUGUUCAGUAAAACACUGGUCCCGAUUUCUAAAAUCCUUAAAUAGUUACGAAUUUAUUAGUUUUUAAAGUUUCCAUUAAAUGGAAUUCCUUAGGUUUCAUUAAAAUACAAUUUGGCAAAUUUAGCGUUGUAUAAUUAAUAUUUGUAGUAUUUCCUUUAAAUGAUUGUUUAUUUCAUAAAUAAAUAUCAACAUUCUAUCAUUACUUGCACAAUUAGCGAUGUUUACUCUAAGUCGGAACAAAGAUACCUCUAUUUUCUUACCAGAUCUGUAAAUAAAUAGUUUGAUCGCAUCGCCUUGCACUUGCAACACUUAUUUCCACGUAUCUUAUAUUUGAACUAAAAGUGUAUUUAAGUGAUAAAGUGCCUUUAAACACUGUACAAAACAAAUUUAUCUAUAUAUUGUACGGUACAUGUAAAGUUAAUUAUAGCUAUAUAGUUAGUAAUAGUCAUUAGUGUUAACUGCAAUUUGCUCAUAAAGUUAUUUAAUCAAAAUUUGUCAGCGUUUAUACACCCGAGAGUAAAUUAUUGUCAUAUUUUGUAAGAUAGGCUGGGCAGUGGCAACUUAAUGUAAACUUAGUGUGAUUCGCUUUACUUCUUCAGUUUGUAUUAGACUACAGCUUAUGAAAGGUAACAUAUGCCUUGUCAGCAGAUAUGCUUUUGGUGAUGUGUUUAUUUACUUUUUCCAAGUGUUGAAACUAUUAAAUUACUCGAUGGUCGGAUUAAGUUAAAAACAAGAUGUAUUGGAUUUUAAAGGUGUUUUAAGGAAUAAAGUGUGCACGUUCACAAAAUAUUAAGUCAAUGAUCCGGUUGGUCACAAAUUAAUCAUACUUUACUAAUGCAUUGCGAUUGCCUACUGGUACGGUUAAUGCUAACUUCCCAAAAUUAGGUGCUUAAUUGUUGUGUCUUAGAUCGCCCAAUAAAAUUACUGAGGUCACCUCUGUUAUCUAUUUGACUAGUAUCGAGACAGUAUUUCUUUAACUUUAGAAAACCGUACAGAUCUUUAGGGACAGGCAGUAGAGGUUUUUAAUUUAAAACUUUCUAUUUCUUUGUUUACGUGACACAUAUAAAUUAGGCCUAUUUAACAAAUAAUUUAUUUUUGUAGACAAAAAACUUUCUAACAAAAGUAGAGAAGGAAUACAUGUUCAACGUAAAACACUAGCAUGUUCUGUAAGUCUUAGAAUUGCAAGAUGAGUUACUGUACAUAUUUUGUUGAUUUUUACUUCCGCCUCCGCUUUUACUUGUCAUACAAAGCUGUUUUGAGAUUUCACUAGAUUCUAAGUACGAAUGUAACAAAAACAAACCUAAAAUAUAGUUCAUACGGUUAAAUCUUUGUGGUUUAAAAACUCCGGAAGUCAGUUACAACUUUUUUUGUCUCUGACCACUUCUAAAUCAGCUGAUAUCGGAGCUGUGAUAUCGGAGGUUGCUGGUCUUGCCUGGACGCUGCAUAUCUGCUGAUGAAGCGUAUGUUUAAGUUAAAGUCUGACGAGUGAAUGUUCCUCACUAUCUGUUUUUAUGUUCUUAUCAUUGUAUAUGUUAUAUAACACCAAUAAAUUGUAAUUUACAA